AUGAUGGCAGCGCAAGAUCCUACGGUAGUCGCCAACGGUGACAACCUACUGUCCAUUCAAGAAAUGCCCGGAGAUGUUACAGAUAUGUCGCUGCAAGAGUCGAAACCAGCCGAUUCCAAGCAGCACACUGCACCGGCCCCUGGCGGGCCUCCGCCUAAGACUGAUAAGCCGCGUCCACACGUUUGUACCACCUGUGGUCGGUCUUUUGCUCGCCUUGAACAUCUCAAGCGCCACGAACGAUCUCACACCAAGGAGAAGCCCUUUGAAUGUCCAGAGUGUACCCGCUGCUUCGCUCGCCGCGAUCUUCUCCUGCGCCACCAACAAAAGUUACACAUGACCGCUGCGCCCUCGCGCCCACGGAACGCACGCAGAGAGAGUACCGGCGCCGCCGGAGCUGGCGCGAAUCGGGUUCGAAAGAAUUCCAUUGCUGGCAGCACUUCGAGUACCAUGCGUCCGAGAGCCAACACUAUCAGCCAUGUCGACAACUCCGCCUUGGGCAUGAUCAAUGUUGCAAAUGCAAAUGUAACACGGCCGGGCCAACCGGGACACACCUACCACCCCAGUCUAGGUUCUGUCUCGGGCGCACCCGCUUUUGAGAAUCGUGGAUACAGCGCGAUGCAUCCCCCCAUAAACGGUCUGCCCAAGAUCGAAACUUCCGGUUUGCCUGUCGAUAUGGGACACGGUCUGAGAACGGCGCCUGUUUACGGAAGCUUUGAUCUCGGUUUUGGAGAUCACUUUUUCGGCGGAAGCACCAUCAAUCCGGCCCAGCUUCACUUUGGCGGUUCUCCUCAGUUCGGCCAUGACACUCCUGCGUCGCCCUUCAACCAAGCUUUCCACCCGCUGGCUUCCGUCCCGGACCCAAUGUUGGAUGACGAUGGCAACUUCGACUGGGUGAACGGCUUUGAUACGACCGUUCCCCUCGGCACUACCAGUGAUUCCGCCAUCGAGGAAUCAUCUCCGUCAGCCAUGAGCACCGAGUCCCAAAGUAGGACAAGCGAGCCGAUGAUGGAAGCUCCCGCUCACAUUGCCUCGUCUGCUAGCUGGCAAAGCCCGUUUCCUGCAGCACAGUCGGCUCCUUAUGCAAUGGACUUUUCCCCGAGCAUGCAAGAUCUAGGCUUCUCUGCCGCCGACACAGUCUCGCCCAAAUCUUUGAUGACCCCGAUCCACUUCACAGACCCUUUUACGUCUAAUCUUUCCGUGCCAAUGAGCCAGUCGAUGUUGGGAGGGCAUUCGCAGAGUAUGUUUUCAUCUUCCAUGGUAGCCAACGGAGAAUCUCCUAAUCCUCUCAACGUUCCUUUCGCCAGUAGUCCCUUACGAAAUUCCUUUUCCACAACAUCGCCGGACACAGUCACAGACUCAACACGACAGACUUUAUUAGCAAACAUGUCGCAACCCACUGGGGGAACUCGCCAGAAUAGAUACUCGCAGCCAUCCAACAAUCGAGAUUCAUCUUCUCGUACUGCUGGACUCAACAACUCCUAUCUUUUACCAACUACUUUCGACCUUCAGCGAUAUAUUCAGGCUUACAUCGUUUAUUUCCACCCGCACCUGCCUUUCCUACACAUCCCUACACUCGAUUUUCAGAAUCCCGAAUUCACCAACAGUCUGCGCACCGCUAGUGGUCAUUUGAAUCUCAGCUCGACCGGCGUGGCUGGCGGCGGCGGCUGUCUCAUCUUGUCCAUGGCUGCCAUGGGCGCCUUGUAUGAGUUUGAAAUGGCUGUAUCCAAAGAUCUUUUCGAGUCUGCCAAGAAAAUGAUUCAAUUGUAUCUCGAAGAGAGGCGCAAGGCCGACAUGUCCGCCGCUCUCAGUCGUUCUAACUCGGGCCGUGACAACCCUGUCCACAACACGCCUCUAUGGCUUGUCCAGGCUAUGUUAUUGAAUGUGGUUUAUGGUCAUACUUGUGGGGACAAAACGUCAGCGGACAUUGCCAGCACACAUUGCGCUGCACUGGUGAGCCUGGCGCGCGCUGCUGAAUUGACACAUCACCUUGAACCUGAACAACUUCCCCAAGAUUAUCUUCACAGCAAACAAAACAAACCCGAUGAGUCCGACCUGGAUCAAACAUCGCAUUCCCAGACACCGCCAAAGGAACGACGCGAUUGGCUUGAUUGGAAAAUCGUCGAAGAGCGGAAGCGAACUCUUUACGCCAUCUUUACGCUUUCUAGUUUUCUAGUGUCGGCCUACAACCACGCGCCCGCCUUGACAAAUUCGGAAAUCAGGCUUGAUCUCCCCUGCGAAGAGGACCUCUGGGCGGCCGAAUCACCACAAGCAUGGAGAAAGAUGGGUGGUGCGUCUCCUACAAAGAAGGAGUGCUCGUUUUCGUCAGCCUUGACUACACUCCUCACUGCAAGCCAGCGAGAGCAAUUCACGACCCAGCCUAACAAUGCGUUUGGCUCCGCAGUUCGGGUUGAAGACUUGCCACAGAGCGACAUGAAACCCAGUACCUUUGGUUGUUUGGUUCUCAUUCACGCCAUGCACAAUUACAUAUGGGAAACACGACAGAGGCACAUGGGACGCCAGUGGACUGCUCAGGAGAGUGAUGCAAUGCAGGCUCACAUCGAACCAGCCCUGAGGUCGUGGCAAGCUGCUUGGGCUAGCAACCCACUGCACAGCCUAGAGCGUCCGAAUCCAUUUGGGGCAGGACCACUGUCAGCUGACAGCAUUCCUUUAUUGGACUUGGCCUAUGUUAGACUUUUCGUCAACUUGGGUCGUUCCAAAGAGGCUUUCUGGCAACGCGAUUGGAAUUCUAUGUCCGAGGAACUUGCUCGCGGCGCGGAAAUCAUCCAGCAUGCGGACGAUGGCUUGGCCGACUCCAACCAUGUGAACGGCGACAGCAUUCGAAGGGACUCCAUAGCCGACCUCGGCGUAGCUGAGCUGAACCUAUCCACGACACCAACCCAGGAACAGCCCCUUUCUACAAUGUCGCAAAUGUACCAACCUGGUCAAUCCAAGCGCGAACGACUUUUACGGAAAGCUGCAUUUUACGCUGCUGAUUCGAUUUGCAUGUCAGACCGAUUGGGAAACACAUUUGCAGAAUGGACCUCGCGUGAAUUACCUUUACAAUGCGCUAUGUGCACUUUUGAUUGCGCCCAGGUGCUCGCUGAAUGGAUCACAACCGUCCAAGAACGCGUAGGACCUUAUCUGGGGAUCCUUGGUCGGGAUGAGGCGGAUUUGACCCACGUUCCGGGGAUAAUGCUGCUGGAAGAUGAGGAUUGCAAGCUCAUUGACAAGAUCAAAGAAAUACUCGGUAGUAGCGAGAAUAAGAUGCAGCACGAAGCGCAAAUGUCUGGAUCCUCGGCUUCUAUCAAUGCGUUGCAACGCUUGCCCAGUAUAAUCGAGGGUGGUUACGGCAGUAAAAUCCUCAUGACGACAGCCCAUUUGCUUGAUCGGGCUGCUGUCUGGCCGAUCACCAAACUUAUGGCUCGAUCAUUGGAGACGCAAGCAACGCGGAUGAAAGAACGCGCCGAAAACUCGGUCAUUAUUUCGAGCUGA